AUGGCCGACAUCAGCGACGCCGAGCUCCGCGAAAUCUACGACUUUGCCGUCCAGUUGGGCAAAGAGGCAGGAGAGAUGCUCAUGACGGCAGCCAGGUCAAGAUGGGGAUCCGGAGGAGAGACGCAGGCAUUCACGGAGAAGGAUAAUUCGGUCGAUUUGGUGACCAAGACAGACACAGAAGUCGAAGCUUUCAUCCAUACAUCCGUCGCAAAGAAGUAUCCCACCCACAACUUUCUCGGCGAAGAGACAUAUUCGGCCGGCGCAUCGCGUGAUUACCUCGUCGACGAACGGCCGACGUGGAUCGUCGAUCCCCUCGAUGGCACCGUCAACUUCACCCAUCUGUUCCCAAUGUUCUGCGUCUCCAUCGGUUUCGCUAUCAAGGGAAAGCCCGUCAUUGGCGUCAUCAACGCCCCCUUCUUGAACCAAACUUUCUCGUCGCUCAAGGGACAUGGUGCAUGGAUGAACGAGACACAGAGGCUGCCGCUUGUUCUAAACCCGCUGCCCGCCAAUGCGCCCAGCGGCUGCGUUUUCUCCUGUGAAUGGGGCAAGGACCGUCGAGACACCCCAGAUGGCAACAUGCACCGCAAGGUCGAGAGCUUCAUGAACAUGGCUGCUGAGCGUAAGGGGCGGGGUGGUAAGGGUGGCAUGGUGCAUGGCAUGAGGAGCUUGGGAAGGGACGUUGCUGCAGGCUUCGCGAUCCUCGAGGAGGCCGGUGGUCUCGUGACAAUAGCAAACCCUCCCGAAGACACGAGCGUCGUCCCGGAAGCGAAGCUCGGCGGCAGACUAUACCUCGCCAUUCGGCCCGCAGGAUCGACCGAGACCGAGACGGCACGACAGGCACAGGAGAGGGUGGUGCGGGAGACGUGGAAGCGAGUGAGAACAUUGGACUACUCGAGACCCGGCGCGUAG